AUGGAAGAGCAUUUGAGAAAGAUGGAAGAGAGUGACAGUGAUGAUGAAAAAACUAAAAAGAAAAAGAAGAAAAUUAAAACACCAGUUAGCAGUGAUGAUGAAGAAGUUCCAGUGGUCAAGAGAAAAGUUAAAGAAGUUCCAGCUGUCAAAGUCGAAGCAGAAGCUGAUGCACAAAAAAAUCCAGUGAAAUGUGAAAGUUGUGAAGCAAUGAAGAAGCAAAACAAUCAAGAUGAUGAAAGAAUUCCAGAAGGUUUUAAUUGGGAUGAUUAUGAUCCUAACAAAACUUCAAAUUCUAAAGCAUUUGUAGCUGAAAUUUUUGAAGAUUCAACUGCUGAAGAGGAAUUAGCGUAUGCCUAUUAUGAAUCUCAGCAAUACAGUCCUAAAAAGAAAGAAGAAGAAUCAGCUUCAAGAGAAGAAGCUUCAAAAUUAGCACCAAUCUUUGAUCACUCUUCAGAUGAAGAGAGUGAUGAUGAUAGUGAAGAAAUUCGAAAACUUGAAUAUUACAAAAGAAAAUUUUCAUCUGAUAGGAAUAAUUUGUCUUUUGCAGGAAAAAUGGAAGAGAAGGUCAAACCUGAGGAAAAUGUUGAGUGA